AUGUGCGACAAGGGCAGCCUGGACCCCAUCUUCGGUUCGAGCAAUGACCAGCCGCACGAUCAUACCAGGAGGUACUUGAUUAGGUCGGCCACAGGGCUCCAUCAAUGCUUUGUGGACAUGUGCGAAACGGGCUCGGGAUGUCCGACGAAACCAGAUGCCCUGGACACUGCCCUCUGGGUCGAUCAUGCACACGAGCUCACAGUCCCCACCGAUUGGGGACUGCAUCUCACGCGGCAUGGCCUCCACGUCGGGAAGCAAAUGCUCAUCCAGGAGCUUGGGAAGCUCCAGCCGGGCGACCCCGAGUACGUCCCGGUCUGGGCAAAACCUGGGAUUCUGGUCAGUCUUGAUAGAUAUACUCGAUUGCAGUGGAUUCAAGGGCCCGCGACCGAGCCGCGCCGAGUGUGGGACCCUGUCGGGGCUAACUCCACCGCAACAGCCGGAAGAACACCUGGGCCAGGCGGUGCUGUGGUCCGGUCGUCAAGCGGCCGAGAUGUCAUGGUCGCGGUCAGGGUCGUUCGAGGAGAACUCGAUGGUCUCGACCUGGGAGCUCGCCAAGUCACCAGCGCCAACGACGGAGGCGCGGGUCUUGACAAGGAUGGAUUGACUGUGGCUGCGAGACGGCAGAUUGGACGAUGGAGGUUGCCGAACGGGCUGGGGCUUUCCGUUUGGUUGAUAUCGCCAUGGAGGGUCGAUCCCGAAGGAGGUCCUGCAGGUCUGGCUUUCCGACUAAUUGGACAUAACCUCGACGUUUAA